UUCUACGUAGAGAUCGGACCUGAGAAUGCUCGUCUACACGAAGAGGCCCUGGCGGCUCUCUACACCAUCGACGCUGGUGCAGGAGGCGUAUUCGGGACGAGUCGAAGCGGAGCAGCCCUCUCGAACACUGUCAUUCUGGUCGUGAUUGUCCUCCUCAGCACUCUGUUGGCAGCCUCGCUCAUCGGAGCCAUCGUCUGGGCCCGAUCAAAGACACAUUCUUCGGCUCGUCUGCCGGACGGUCAAUACACUGGGUAA